CGCCCUUCACUCUCCCCCUUGUCUCUCUCCGCCGCUCCUGUUGCACCCUCCAGCAAGCCAAGAACUCACUCGCGCGCCGGUAACUAUAGGCAGGUUGGUUGUUCUCCCUUGCAAGUUUCCUCCGCCGGCGCCGGCUUGCCGUCCACCAACCUGCCGAACUGCGUGGACACUUGGGGAGGGCUAGCUAAUCGGGGUUGGCCGCGCAGCUUUCCUGAGGUAUAUAUAAAGUUAGUCCGGGGAGGCAGCCAUGGUGAGGGUGUCGGUGGUGUGCUGCCUCAAGCUGCUGCUGCUGCUCGCCCUGGGCGGGGUGACCAUGCACGUGCCGGACGAGGGCGUGCUCGCGCCGCUGGGCCCGCUGCGGCUCGACGGCCACCUCAGCUUCCACGACCUGGCCACCGCGGCCCGGGACUUCGGCAACCGCUGCAGCCUGCUGCCGGCCGCCGUGCUGCACCCGGGCUCCGUGGCCGACGUCGCCGCCGCCGUGCGCCGCGUGUUCCAGCUGGGCGAGCGCUCGCCGCUCACCGUCGCUGCGCGCGGACACGGGCACUCGCUGCUGGGCCAGUCCCAGGCCGCCGGCGGGAUCGUCGUCCGGAUGGAGUCACUCGGGGGCAGCGCCAUGAUGCGGGUGGUGCAGAGCGGAGGCGCCGGGGUGCCUGCCUAUGUCGACGCCCCCGGAGGCGCGCUCUGGAUCAACGUGCUGCAUGAGACGCUCAAGCACGGGCUGGCGCCCAAGUCGUGGACCGACUACCUCCAUUUGACUGUCGGCGGCACCUUGUCGAAUGCCGGGGUCAGCGGCCAGGCGUUCCGGCAAGGACCGCAGGUCAGCAAUGUCAACCAGCUGGAGAUUGUGACAGGGAGAGGAGAUGUCGUCACCUGCUCGCCCGAGGAGAACUCCGACCUCUUCUACGGCGCUCUCGGCGGCCUGGGCCAGUUCGGGAUCAUCACCAGAGCCAGGAUCGCCCUCGAACCUGCACCAAAGAUGGUGAGGUGGAUCCGGGUCCUCUACUCGGACUUCGCGAGCUUCACCGAGGACCAGGAGGCGCUCAUCUCGGCGGAGGAGACCUUCGACUACAUCGAAGGGUUCGUGAUCAUCAACCGGACGGGCAUCCUCAACAACUGGAGGACGUCGUUCAAGCCGCAGGACCCGGUGCAGGCGAGCCACUUCCAGUCGGACGGGAAGGUGCUCUACUGCCUUGAGAUGACCAAGAACUUCGACCCUGAUGAGGCUGACAUCAUGGAACAGGAGGUUGGUGUGCUGCUGUCUCGGCUGAGAUACAUACAGUCAACCCUCUUCCACACCGACGUCACGUACCUCGAGUUCCUGGACAGGGUGCACUCCUCCGAGCUCAAGCUCAGGGCCCAGGGCCUCUGGGAGGUUCCACACCCAUGGCUCAACCUCCUCAUCCCGAGAAGCACCAUCCACCGGUUCGCGCGGGAGGUCUUCGGCAAGAUCCUGAAAGACAGCAACAAUGGCCCCAUACUCCUCUACCCAGUAAACAGAUCAAAGUGGGACAACAGGACGUCAGUGGUGAUACCGGAAGAAGAAAUCUUCUACCUGGUGGGGUUCCUGUCGUCGGCACCGUCCGCCUCAGGCCACGGCAGCGUCGAGCAUGCGGUGAGCCUGAACGACAAGAUCGUAGACUUCUGCGACAAGGCGGGCGUCGGGAUGAAGCAGUACCUAGCGCCCUACACCACCCAGCAGCAGUGGAAAGCCCACUUCGGGGCGAGGUGGGAGACAUUUGAGCGGAGGAAACACAUGUAUGAUCCCCUAGCAAUCCUAGCCCCAGGACAGAGAAUAUUUCCAAAGGCAUCACUGCCCAUGUCCUCUUGACAAACAGCACCCGCCAUGUAAAGGACUUUGUAAAGCAUAUGGUGUACAUAAAUGUAGGUGACCCAAAAAAUAUCCCUUGUAAAGAGAAGAUCUGCCGAAAAAGGCGGCCUGAAGAACACGCAGCAUAGCAACUAGUAGUGGUGGGAGGUACCUCAACCAACACUUCAGAGUAGAGCAGCCUGACCUUUAACUCUGGAGGCAAUCAUGCGUUCCAGGAUUAUACUGGUUCGAGUAACGACACAAGCCCACCAGCUGUUGUUACAGCGUAGAGCAGAGUUGUGUAAUAGCUAGCUAACCAGUGGAACUCAUGUAGAAUUGUUUGUGUUCAUUCAGUCAAUAAUGGCAGAGAGUAACUUCAGGGUAGAA